AUGAAGGCUUCAAAUCAUUUAAGCGUUUUUGUUUUAUUUUUAUUUCUAAUUGCAAUAAUUCCUUGCUUGGCUGUUUAUUCGGGCAUACCCAUUGAGAAAUUAGACUACGAAACAAUUAAGGCGAAUGAAAAAAUACGAUCCAAAGCAAGAAAGGAUGAACUGACCAUCAUUAUUCUAGCCUUUGCAACCCUGUGGGGAAUCAGAAUUCAUCAUACAUUGAAAUAUGACCGAAGAGGCAAAAUCCCAGAUCAAGAAAUAAUGACCGAGAUGGGGGAACCCAAAAUGUCUUUUGAAAAUGACGUGUUGAACCAAGAAAAAAAAGAUACCUGA